GAAAUGAAACAAGCAUAAUAGGCCUAUACGUGAUUGUAAAGACAGAAAAAAAGAUGACGAAAGCCGCUCCACGACCAUGUGACAGACAUGAUGUUGGGGAGUCUUUUUGUCACUUUGCUGGUAUGUGGCCCUGCUUUCGCCCGGUUUGACGCAAUGCUGGAACAGCACUGGCAGAUGUGGAAGAAGACACAUGGCAAAAACUACCAGACUGAGGUUGAGGAACUGGGCCGAAGGGAGAUCUGGGAGAGGAAUAUUCAGCUGAUCAGCCUCCACAACCUGGAAGCUUCCAUGGGCAUGCACACCUAUGACCUGGGCAUGAAUCAUAUGGGGGAUUUGACCCAAGAGGAAGUUGCCCAGUCUUUUGCCUCUUUGCGUGUUCCUGCUGACCACAAGAGGGAGCCCUCUGCAUUUUUGGGAUCCUCUGGUGCCCCCAUACCUGAUACCCUUGACUGGAGAGAGAAGGGCUAUGUCACUUCAGUCAAAAUGCAGGGCUCCUGUGGUUCCUGCUGGGCCUUCAGCGCUGUUGGGGCCCUGGAGGGCCAGCUGAUGAAGACCACUGGCAAUCUAAUAGACCUCAGCCCCCAGAACCUGGUGGACUGCUCCUCUAAAUACGGCAACGAGGGAUGUGAUGGUGGCUUCAUGACAUGGGCCUUCCAGUAUGUCAUUGACAACAAUGGCAUUGAUUCUGAACAUUCGUACCCCUACAGUGGAGUACAACAACCAUGCAAGUACAACCCUGCAGGGCGUGCUGCUAACUGUUCCAGAUACAGCUUCUUGCCUGAGGGAGAUGAGAAUAUGUUGAAGCAAGGAGUGGCCACCAUCGGACCCAUCUCUGUCGCCAUUGAUGCCACCCGACCUCAUUUUGCUUUCUACCGGAGUGGAAUUUACAAUGAUCCAACUUGUACAAAGGAACCAAACCAUGCUGUCCUUGCUGUGGGAUAUGGUACCAUGGAUGGGCAGGAUUACUGGCUGGUAAAAAACAGCUGGAGCACAUUUUGGGGGGAUCAGGGAUAUGCACGAAUGUCACGCAACAAAGACAACCAGUGUGGCAUCGCCUUGUGGGCGUGCUACCCAAUCAUGUAACUCUGAAUUAAUUUGAAUUUAAUAGUUUUUUAGUGUUCUUCAAUGUUUGGGCUGGGAUUUUGCCAUAGCCGUGUUUCAUGUAUUGUCUUUUUUUAUUUAAAUUUUUUACAAUAUUCUUCCUUUGUCAACACACUUCUAAUUCUGAACGGUGAAAACACACCUGUGAAGGGGUUACACUGGAGUAGUAGUUGUACGUUUUAUAUAGGACCCAUGACCAUUCUGGUAGAAGUUAUUGGUUUUUAUAUAGUACCCAUGACCAUUCUGGUAGUAGUAGUAGGUUUUUAAAUUGUACCCAUGACCAUUCUG